UUGCCUCUUACACCUUCCCCGCCCAGUUCUCCUCUGGCCAACCUGCGUUUUUUUAUGAUAUGACAUCAAACCACAAUGCAUUGCACUGUUUGUAGUUUACCCAAGGUCUCCAUGGCGAUAAAAACCGGUUCGGCCCCCUUAUUCAAAUUGAACCGGAAACCAAGAUCAUUUUGGGCCAAUCUCUGCGCUCUGGAGUGACAUAAUGGAAUUUUUGGGGGUAGAACGCAAGCAAGGUCUGGCGCUGCGCAUAGCAGACGUGCCAUCGGGAAAAGACAAUGUCAUAGGCGCGCAGAGGAGACACAUCAGGAGGCGCACCACCUGAAGUUCUGGGCUGACAUAGAGACUGCGCACACAAAGGACACGGAGAAAGUGUCCCGAUCGACAUUUUCCCCCCUCCUGUCUGUAUUGAAACCACUCGUACCUCAUGUGAGGGUGUAGAAUGGAAACAACUCUCUACCCGGUCCCCGUGGUGAACAGCAUCUAGAGCACGAUGAUGAAGAAGGAGAUCAGCCUGAACCAGGAGGAUCAGAACUCAGAACUGAAGCCGAACCCGCUCCGGGACACGGGUGGAAUUAUAAACUCGCAGGAUUUGGGACUCCUAAAACUAGCCUCUCCGGACCUGGAGCGUCUUAUUAUCCAGUCUCACCCGAACUCUCAGUUCAUGUUUCCGAAGUCGGCCAGUGAGGAGCAAGAAUUCGCGGAAGGCUUUGUCAAGGCGCUUGAGGACCUUCACAAGCAGAACCAGCUGAGCGACGCAGGGUGUGUGUCCGUGGACCGGCUGGAGCUCCUCGGAUCCCCCAGCACCGCCGGAUCCACGGGGCUCCAGCCGUCGGACCUCCCCGUCUACACCACCCUGAACGGCUACGCCGCUGCUCCGCUGGGCGCCGCCGCCAUUAACUACUCCACGGACACCAUCUCCUUCCCGCCACCGCCUACCCACGCGGCCAGCGCGCAGCAGCAGGCGGCCGCCGCGGCGGCGCUGUCACGGCUCCAGCAGUCCGUCAGCGCGAUGAAGGACGAGCCGCAGACAGUCCCGGACAUGCAGAGCUGCGGGGACAGCCCUCCACUGUCUCCCAUCGACAUGGACAACCAGGAGCGCAUCAAGGCGGAGCGGAAAAAGCUGCGGAACCGGAUAGCCGCCUCGAAGUGUCGCAAGAGGAAGCUGGAGAGGAUCUCCCGGCUGGAGGAGAAGGUCAAAACCCUGAAGACGCAGAACACCGAGCUGGCCUCCACUGCCAGUGUGCUAAGGGAGCAAGUGGCCCAGCUGAAGCAGAAGGUGAUGAGCCAUGUCAGCAGCGGAUGCCAGCUUUUACCAAACCAGGUGCAGGCAUACUGACGCUUUCCUACGGGGAGCUGGAUGCUCUCCUAUAAUAAUCAACAUUAAAUUCCUGUAACUACGGAUCUUACCACAGACUUAAGGUGAGGCCGUUAUUGCGCAUGCCCACAGAUCUUGACAAACCAAACUUGCACAGCGACCGACAUGAACUAUCACCUGGAAACGAAGCAGGUGUGGAUCCCAGACUGCCUGGAUUCAACAGGAACCGACUGUUUACCAAGCCUUGUAGCUGUCCGCCUCUGUCCGCUGCACCGGAGCGGAACAAACAGAGCCCAGGGUCUCACCAAGUGCUCUCAUCUACAAUGUAAUAGAAUAUCUUACCUGUUUACAAGCACUUAAUAAUAAUAACUAUAUUUUAUUUACUGAAACAUUUAGUCUUAUUUCCGCCUUCUUUACUUGGUGAAAAGAAGCCCUAUCUUGUCUUGUUGAAUAUGUUGUCAGUAAUCAUUGUAGGGUUUGCUGCUCAGCUCUUCAGUCGCCAUACUUUUAUGAAUGUAUGAAUGUGUAUGAACUGAGAACGUCUGUAUACAUGUGUACUGGACCAGCGUCCUUCUGACAUCUAUUAAAUUCACUACAUUAUUUAA